UCAGUUGUAUAGAGCUAAGACCCUAAUUGCUAAAUACACAAAAAUAACGCCUAGGGUUUUGAAGAGCGCCUCCCCCAGGUCUUCUUCUUCGCAUAGCAGCGCCAUUUUUGAUGUUGAGGCCCUCCCCAUUCUGGCCGUCGCCCAUUCCUCGUCGUUCUUCUUCGUUACCCUUCCCCCUCCAAAGACCAGCGGCGAGAAACCACGAACCCCUAGUGAUAUCUCUAUCUUCCUCAACAUUGACCUCCUUAGAUCACAUAGGCAGCCAUUAGCAGCAGCCUCCAUACCAGCAAUCCAGACCUAAGCUUCAGCGACAGAGCAGACAAGCCCAAUCUAGCGCCUCAUUUCUGUCCAUUAAACUCGCCGGAAACGAGCUACACCAGCCAACGACCGACACCCCUCCUCUGUCCAAAGAGUGGUUGUGUUUGAUUGUGAGGGCGAAUUUUCUAUAUGUGUUACUAUUUUGGGCACAACUUUUUCUCCAAAAAUCGGAUUGGUGUGAUUCAAAAGGCUGUAAAAAGAUAAGAGAUAUAUCUACAAUUGUUAUAAAGACCAAGGUGUCCAGUUCUGUGAUUUACUGCCGAAAGAAUAUGCUGCAAUACAGCGCAGAGCUGCUGCCCAGAUUUUCUCCUUAAGAAUUGUGAAUUGUGGAGACCCAUUUGAUUUGCAUAUUCCUCACCAUAUCCUUUGUAUAUUCUUCCCUCUCAGCUAUAAAAAAUCUUUUUUUGGUUUGUUGCUCAAAGGAAGGUUAGUAUAUAUCGACCCUUCCUCUCUUUAGCUGUUUAAGUUGAAAUGAUCUCUAGUCUGUUAUCUUCUGCUAACUAUCCUUGCGUAUGAUGUAUUGUUAUUAGUUUAUAUUUGAUUAUCUCUGUUGUAACGUGUUGUUAUUAGUUUAUAAUCUACCACUAUGUUUUGGUACUGUCUUUCCUUAAUAAUAUGAAAAUAAACCAAUGCUAAUCAGUUGUCAUGUGAACCCAACAAAUGUUGCUUCAAUUUGAAUGAUCUAUGUGUGGUUAAUAAAGAACCUUUAAUGAUUCUACACACCUAUUUUGACCUUAUACCGCACUCCCAGUAAGUUAAAAGCCUCUUUUUGAGAGACCUUUUGCAUGUCGACAUUCCAUUCUUAUUGUUCUUAUACGGUUAUGUGCCUAAAUCAGUAGACAUGUAGUUUUUUAUUUUAUAAGGCACAUAUAUGUUAUUGUAUAGUUAUUGUUCGUGUUCUGAAGGUUUCAAGAAUUCAUUAUAGGCAUUGGUUCUACACUUCCUAUAUACAAAAUCAACAACAUUGGCUCUUCUUCCACUACUACUUGUCAUGAUUGCAAUUUGCUUGGAAGAUUUGAAUGUGAUUUUUUUCCUUCAGUUUAGUUGAAUUUUUUAAUUUACAAAAUUUGUAUGAGUAAUUAUGUAACAGAUUGCUUCCUUCUUGUUUGAAUAAUGUGUUUUGAACUCCCAAUACUCUUUAGCAAAAACAAAUAUAGUAUUAGAACAUAAUGAAGUGGCAAUCGAAAAUUUAUAGUUCAAAAGACAUAAAUAUGAUAAGAGAACCUGUAGCAUCAUGAGAGUUUUGGGAUGAAAUGUAGACUUGAUAUUGGAUUCAAAUAUCACAAUGAUAUAAAGUGGGAUGAAGAAGAAAACAUACCUUUAUGGCUUGCUGUUGAAAUCAAUGUAUGCAAUUUGUGAUUUUUAAUGUAUGCUAUAUGACUUGUUUAUUGUGUUGAAUGACUAACUGUUGUAUGAUUAAGAGGAUUGUGAUAUUCUUAGUAGCUAACUGUGUGUUUUCAAAUACUCAACUUGCUGCCUCUGUUUUAUCUAAUUGUAUUUUCAUAAUAGACUUAGGUGUUUGGAGCGUCAACACGCAAAUGCAGAAACAGACAAGAGGAUCUCUCUAGAAGUGGAGAAGAAGAUGCACGAACAGUUUGCUAGUUUCUUGACCAGAAUGCAACAACAACAGGAAAACAAGCCUUCUAGAGAUCGCUGGGUGGGGAAAGUUAAUUUCGUUGAGAUACGAUCGUAUUUGCCUAUCUUUAGGAGCUUUGACAGAAUGUGGAGCUUCUUCAUAUUGUGCUUACAGGCAAUGAUAAUUAUUGCUUGGAAUGGUUCAGGAGAGCUGAGCAUGGUUUUUACUUCAGAUGUUUUCAAGAAAGUAUUGAGUGUGUUUAUAACAGCUGCAGUUUUGAAGCUCGGGCAAGUUUCCAGCAAGUGAUUGGAUAUAAAUGAAGGAUUAUUUUUCUUUGUACUAUGAGCUACUAGCAAUUUCUCCAGAAGGCCCACCCGGAGCGUGACCCGAAGAUAUCUUUCUGAAGGAUGGCCAAUU